UAAACUCAACUCAUAACAAUGGAAAAAGAUUUGAAUGCUACUAAUAAAGCACAUUUUGACGAAAUCAAAGACCUAUAUGAUAAAGCAGACUGGCUCGCACUCAUGGAAUACUGUACUGAAAACGAACCUUCAGAUUUGAUCAGAGAUGACACCAAGUUUCAGAACCUCCUUAUCAGAAUAAUGGAAACUCUUUUGAAAAAUAGUCUAGGCAACGAUACUCAGGAUUGAUACAAGUAUAUACUAUCUCUCCUUCUGUGAAGUCUCUCAUUAGAAAAAGAACGAAGUAGAAGAAUUAUUGGCAACCUUUUCCUUGAUGCUUGCGGGUCAAGCCAGCUAGAGCUUAUCAAAGAGUUCUUCACUGACCACGAAACUGAAUUAAUAAAUAUCAAAUUUUGUGACCCUGAUGGAAGAAGCUGAUUUCACUAUGCAGCUGAUGGGAAUGGUGACAAUUACGAUGUCAUUGAGUUCAUCCUCCAUAGUUUCGCUCAUAAAGAUAAUUAUUUCGUCACUAAAGGGCUGCUGUAUUUUCUUAGCAAGAAGAGUUUGAUAAAUAGCAAACCUAACUCUAUCAAAGAGUUCUUCAAGAAAAUUGAAUAUCUGGAUCUCUCCCAGAAAGAUGUUUCAGGCAAUAGCGCUCUUCAUCUUAUCAUGCUCAAUUGAGAAGAUGCUGAGAUAUGGAAAGAAACUAUUUUACAGAUAAUUGAGAGGAACCCAAGCUUGUACUGAAUGAAAAAUAAUGAAGGAAAAUCACCUAAAUUUAUUGACAGCGAGAAAUCUCUAGGAAUAUCAGAAAUGAUUGAUGAGAAUUCAAAAAGUAAGAAUGAGUCCAAACCCGCAAAAUCUCAAAAGACAAAGUAACAAUUCUCUAAAGACUGCUUCCUUAUCAAAGAAGGACGAUCCAUCUCGAGAAGAAUUAUCUCCAGGUGAAGAGGCUAAAUCUCCAUCUAAAGGAGGAGAGAAAAAGACUAAGAAUAAAGACAGAAAAUCUAAGAAAGAUAAACCCAAUUCGAAAGAGUCUUCAGGAAGUAAACAGAAAGCUCAUAAUCCGAACCAGUCAGCCAAGAAUGUGCAAAAAGAAGUUAAAGAGAAAUCCCAGAAGGACCAGAAAGGCAAGAAAGAAAAGGCUGCUCAAAAUAAGCAGAACCCUCAAAUAGAGUCAAAAAGCUCUCAAUCAAAGAAGAAAGACCAUAUUUUCAAGUUUAAUAGAGAAGCCAAUGAAGAAAGUUUCCCACCUCUUGUAAGCCAAAGUAAUAUGAAGAAUCCAGACAGAGAGCUAAAGGUGGAGGAUACUGUGGAAGUACCUGGUCCCAUGAAAGAAAAUUUAAAUAAACCUCCCUCUCCAAACGUUAAACUUGAAGAGACACAAAAGGAGAACAAAACUGAUCAUCAGAAUCUUGUACACAAUGAGAUGAUGAACCAAUAUCAAAAUUAUCCGCAAUACCAAAUGUUCAAUCAAAAUAAUCCAGCUGGGAUGAUACCUGCAAAUGUAAAUCCUCAAAAUAUGGGAAUGAUGAAUCUCUACCCAGCUAUGGCCCAGAACCAAAUGCAGCCAAUGCCAGUUCAAAAUCUUCAGCCUCAAAUGUUGAAUGCUCAGCCAAAUGAGAAUGCUGUCCAGAAAAAUCAGAAGGAGCAUAAUUCUGUAGACCAGAUGAAUUCUCAUGGACAAAGUCUUCCUACUCAACAGCCCUCUAAAAGUACUGAAAAGGAUAACACUGCUGCCUCUCAAUCUUUGCAGAACAACCUUGGACGAGGAGAUCGUACUACAGGUUCUAAAAAGCCAGAGAGCCAACAUUCAGUGCCUACUUACAAAGUUGAUCUUUCAACUAAAAAGAAAAUAACUCAAUUCAAAGAUGAAAGGCUUGAUAAAGCCUAUGAUAGGCUAUCUCCAUUUUUAAAUAAGCAAGAUAAAGAUGACCUAAAAUUUUCAGUUAAAGGGCUCAGAAGGUUAACCUUAAAGAGAGCAAAACACAGAAAGGAACAAAAAGAAGAAGAAUGAAAAAUAUACUUUCGGAGACAUCACCGUGUUUCUCUAAAGCAAUCUGUUAAUAUGUUUAAGGAGAUUUCAGAGUUUUUGAAAGCCAACCCUGAAGCUGAUAUUAAGAAUAAUGAAAGCUUACUAGAACACUUAAAGAGCACUGUCAAUGAUGUCCUAUUUAAAAAGAACCCAGAUGAGCCACAUAAUAUAGAAGAGAAUGUGAAACAAGAUGGUUUUGAACAAACGUUUCAUUAUGAGAAUCCACAAAUGUAUAUGAACAAUUACCCUUAUAAUCAAGAGUUCUCACAGAUGAAUCAGAUUAUUCCAAAUUUUAGGGAAGAUGUCGACCAAUUCCUAAAAUCUGUAUUGCAAAAGAAGCAUGAUAUGUACAAAUCAAGGGAAAAUAUUAUCCAAAAAGUCAAACUACUUGUCGAAGAAGUCCCUAAUAUUGAAAGUAUUGAGAUUUAUGGGUCCUUCAAGACCAAUCUUGAUCUUCCUUGGAGUGAUAUCGAUUUUGUUGCCUUUUCAGAUCUCUUUGAUGGCUCUAGAUGAUUAGAUGAACUGCAUACCCGGUUACAAGAUGAAGUAGAAAAAGAUAGCUGGAUAACUAAAAUAGAUUACAUCUCUUCAGCUUCUGUUCCUAUCAUCAAACUGAAUACCAUCGAUAAUGAUUUCGAAAUCAAGGUUGAUAUAUAACUUUUGGGGAUCAGGAUCAUAAAGGAAGCCAAUGAGUUCAAUUAGUGAAGGAUUAUCUCUCAUUUUAUCCAAUUCUUGGCUAUAUUGUCAUGAUUAUCAAGCAGAUUCUCAAGAUAAACUCCCUCAAUGAUCCUUACAGUGGAGGAAUAAGUUCUUAUGGAAUCACUCUGAUGAUAGUCGCUUUCCUUCAAUUCCAGAAAUUACACUGAAUAGGACCUUAUGGCCAAUUAGGAUAUUAUGAAACUUAUAGAAUGAACCAUAAUGACCUGGGUUGUACUGUAUUCCAGUUCUUACAUUUCUACGGCUACUUCUUCGAUUUUCAAAAAUGGGAUAUUAGACCUCAACUAGAGGAAGGAGGAAUGAUAGGAUUGGGCUGAGAACCCAUAGUCGAUAACCAAUGGCCUGAUGAGAAACUUAAUAUUUUCGACCCAUUGAAUGCUUCUAAUAAUGUGGGAAAGUCCUCUUUUAAAAUUGAAGAGAUCAAGGAAUGAUUCAAAGAAUGAGCGGAUAUUAUAAGCCCCAUCUUAUUCUCUUACCAACAAUUUGAGAUGAAUGGCUUUUAUUACCAUGAUGUGGUCAUAGAAAGCAAAUAUAACGAAUGGAAGACAAGACUCUUUGAUUUUUAGAAA